UCACAGUCAGUCUCACACCUUCGAGGGGAUAAGGUCGGUUCCGUUACAUAUUAUUGCAAGAUGUACCAUUCAUUAUGUAAAUAUUUCAGUACUGCUUAACACUGACAACAAAAGUUUAACAGAUUUGUUAGAGAAUUUUUCUACAGUAGGCCGCGAUGUACCUGCUAUAUCGAGCUUCUGCGCUUCUUGCAAUAUUUCAGGUAGUGCAUGGAGAUUUCGGGUACAGCAAACAGCAUCAGCAUACGUGGGCGCAAUAUCACAAGCACUGUGCAGGAAAGUGGCAAUCUCCUAUAGCUUUAUCCUCAUCCAAUUCCAAAGUAUUACCAUUGCCGGCUAUAGAAACAAUCGGUUACCAUGAUCUGCUAUCUGGUCCGAUAAAAUUGACUAACAAUGGACAUUCAGUGGCAUUGCUAAUCCAUAAGGGUCUCUCAAAAAAACGUCUACCGUAUGUAUUUGGCGGUUUACUUAAUAAAGAUCAGGACUAUGAACUUGAAGGACUUCAUUUUCACUGGGGUAUGAAGAAUAAUCGAGGAUCCGAACACAUACUCAAUGGAAUUAGAUUUCCAAUGGAGAUGCACAUUAUUCAUAGAAAUAUGAAAUAUCCCACUGUAGAUGAAGCAUAUGCCCAUGAAGAUGGUCUUACUGUUUUGGCGGUCUUUUUCCAAUUACAAGAAGAAGACAAUAAUAAGCUUUCUCCAAUACUAAACACAUUUCCAGCAGUCCAUUGGUUCAAUUCUACAGUAAAAAUGGAUGUAUCAAUUACUCUGGCUUCCCUCAUGCCAGAAAACACCGACAUAUUUUAUACUUACAGGGGUUCGUUAACUACUCCCCCAUGCUACGAGGCGGUAACAUGGAUUGUUUUUCCCAACCCUGUUCAAAUAUCUUUCAGACAAAUGAAUCAGUUCAGGAUGCUUUCGAGUGGCGAUGAAACAUUAGCUGAUAACUACAGACGACUCCAAGAGCUUGGGAACAGAAAAGUAUACGUCAGAAGGAUGGAUCCAAGUUUUGCAAGAUCUGAUAACAUGAUUAAUUUGAAUCUUGAAGAAUUGAAGUGGGUCUGGCAGUAAAAAUAUCUUU